UGAGCGGAUCCCACACACCUCUAUUGUUUGCAAAGUGCAAAAAUAUGUGACUUCGGAUAAAUAUAGGUUGCCCCUCUCUCUCUCUCUCUCUCUCUCUCUCUCUCUCUCAGAAGAUAACACAGAAGAUAAAACAGAGAGAGAGAGAGAACAAAUGAGGAGCAAACUGGAAAGAAGUAUCAACAUGUGCUUCUCAAAGAUCAAACUCCCAGGCACCACCCCCAAAGUCACCACCGAUUCUCCCCCAUUCCCUCCAAAAGAUCACAGCCGUCCAUUACCCCACCCCACAACCACCACCGAAUCACCCUCAUUCCCUCCGGAAGAUCUCAGCCGUCCAUUACCAAACCCCACCACAACCACCACCACCAAUCUCGUCAAGAAUUUCAACUCUCUCUACGACGACCCCACCUUCGACUCCACCUCCCUUUCCAAAUCUCUCUCCUCUUCCUCCCCCUCCUCCUCCUCCUCCUCCGCCGCACCCGAUCUCGCCGCCGCCUUCGCCUCCCAACGCUUCUUCUUCUCCUCCCCCGGCCGCUCCAACUCCAUCGUCGAAUCCUCCUCCUCAUUCUCGUUCUCCUCCUCCUCGUCGUUAACUACUUCCGUUCGAUCCGACAGUAUAGUCGGCGGCGGCGUGGCUGUGCCGACGUACUCGCAGGAUCCGUUCGAGGAUUUCCGGCGGUCGAUGCAGGAGAUGGUGGAGGCCCGCCGGUUGGUUGACGUCAGCGCCGAUUGGGACCACUUGCACGAGCUACUCACGUGCUAUCUUUCCUUGAACCCGAAGAGCGCUCACAAGUUUAUUGUCCGUGCUUUCUCCGACCUCCUCGUUUCUAUGAUGGCGCCGCCACCAACGAAGAACGGUGGCCGGGGAUAGGCCGGGAAGCGGCGGUUGUUGUAGCAUUUCCGCGGCAGAGUAUGUGAAUGUUAGAGCAAUGUUACGAUGAGAUGGUAAUCAAAGAUGGUCACUAAAGUAUUAUCGGUUAUUUUAUAUAUGUUGUUAAUUUAUUGUCUUUUAACUGUUAUUUUGGGGUAAAUGGAUUUCGUUUCUCUCAUA